AUGCCUUAUCCUGCGAAUGCGGAAACUGCUGCGUCGCUCGAGACGAUUAUCCGGGGGCACGGCGUCGUUCCCGCGACGAUUGCUCUGAUGGACGGCAAAGUGCAGGUCGGCCUGUCGGACGCGCAGCUUGAGGAGCUCGCGAACGCCCCUCGCACGGAGAGCUGCAAGGUGUCCCGGCGGGAUCUGGGCGCUGCCCUCUGCCUGAAGCGCUAUGGCGGAACGACUGUAGCUGGCACGAUGAUCCUUGCGAACUCCGUCGGUAUCCAGCACUUCGUCACUGGCGGUAUCGGCGGCGUACAUCGCGGCGCUGAAAACAGCAUGGACGUUUCUGCCGAUCUGGUUGAGCUUGGCCGUACGCCGAUGAGUGUCGUGUGCGCCGGAGCCAAGAGCAUCCUCGACAUCCCUCGCACGCUGGAAUACCUCGAGACGCAAGGCGUAUGUGUUGCCGCGCUCAGCGAGAAGAGCGGCGACUUCCCAGCUUUCUAUUCCCCGUCUUCCGGCGAAGUAGCGCCGUGGCACUUCAAGGACAUCCGUGAGGCAGCUCAGGUUGUUCAGACCAAUCUGACCCUGCCAUCACCGCAGGCGACUCUCGUCGGCGUUCCGAUUCCUCAGGAAUACGCGCAGCGCGGAGAGGAGGUGCAGCGCGCCGUCGAGCAGGCUGUCCGCGAGAGCGUCGAGCAGGGUAUCGACAAGCGCGGCAAGGAAGUCACCCCAUGGCUGCUGAAGCGUGUAGGCGAACUCACGGGCGGGACGGCGCUUGAGCUCAACAUCGCUCUGAUUCAAAACAACGCGCAUGUCGGCGCACAGCUUGUGCGCGAGAUCUGGGCGCAGCGCGAGCAAGAUUUCCAGAAGGCGCAGAAUGCAUCCUCGUCUGCGUACUUCCCCUCUCCUGGGGCUCAGCCGGCUAGUUCUUCGCCGAAGCGACAACUGGAAUCUCUCGCUCAGAUCCCCGACUUACCCGACUCACCCGACUCACAGCAGGCCCCGGUUCUCCCAGACCCGAGUGUCGUCGUCUUCGGCUCGGCCGCUGUCGACAUUACGGCGAGCACGGCUCUGGAUCAUCCCGGCAGCACUUCGCCCGGAAGCGUGCAGCUCACUGCUGGAGGAGUCGGUCGCAACCUCGCGCGAGCGGCACAAGCUCUCCUCCCUGACAAUGCAGUGCAGCUCGUCUCUCCCGUCGGAACAGAUGGGCUUGCCGCAGUGCUGAAGAGCGAGAUGGCGGACGGCGCUCUGCGCACCGACGGUCUUCUCCCGCGCGAGGGUAGGACCGCAAGCUGCGUCCUCUUCCUCUCGGCUGGCGAGCUGAGCCAUGGCGUUGCGGAUAUGAGCAUCGUGGAGACGCUCUCCGCCUCGGACAUUGCUGCAUCGCUCCCGUCAACUGCCGAGCUGGUCGUAUUUGACCUUAACUUGUCGUCGUCCUCGGUCGCAGCUCUGCUUCAGACCUGUGCCGAGCGCAAUCUCCGCACAUUCUGCGACCCGACCUCUGUCGCGAAGACGCCACGCCUUCUCCCUGGCCUGCUGAACGGCGGGCUCACACACUUCGCUCCGAACCUUGCCGAGCUGGACGCUUUGCACUCAGCCCUCGAACCGGCGCUGGACGACACACCAGCGGGAGAAGCGGCAUGGGAGGCGGUAAACGCUCUGAAUCUGGGAGCAGAGUUCCGCGCGGCCGUUGAGUCACGGUUCCGUUCCGUCGACUGGGUAGGGCAAACCGGCGCGAUCCGAAAAGUGGUCGGUCUCACCCCGUUCAUGGACAACGUGUGGCUGAAGGCGGGUGCCGGCGGCGUCCUUUCUCUCCGAUUCCAGGACAAGAGGGACGCAAAGGGAGUCAGCCAGAGGAUUGAGCAUGGAAAGCACAAGGGACAGUGGCUCAAUAUCCGCCACUAUCCUGCGCCGGUCGUCGAGGGUGUGCUGAACACAACUGGAGCUGGAGAUACUCUGGCUGGCAGCCUCAUUUCGAGUCUCUCGACGAAGGAGGAAGAAGGAAUGGUCGACCGUGCACUCCAGAGAGUCAAGGCGACACUUGAGAGCCAUCACUCCGUUGCCUGA